CCAGGGAUCUGGAAAUUGGUGGCCAAGUUCCGCAGUAACCCACAGCAGAGCUACACUGCAGAAUUUGAAGUCAAAGAAUAUGUGCUGCCAAGUUUUGAGGUGAAACUGACACCUGUGACCUCUUUCUUCUAUGUGGACAGUCCAGAUCUCAUUGUUAACAUCAAAGCUGAGUACCUGUUUGGUGAAUCUGUGGAUGGCACUGCUUAUGUAGUAUUUGGUGUCAUAGCUGAAAAUCAAAAGAAAAGCUUAGCCGGCUCUCUUCAGAGAAUAUUGGUUGAAAGAGGCAGUGCAGUGGCUACACUGAAGAGGGAACACAUCUUACAAACCUUCAACAAUAUCAAUGAUCUGGUUGGAAAAUCACUGUUUGUAGCCGUCAGUGUGCUGACAGACAGUGGUAAGAAAAGACCACGUGACAUCGCCAUAUUUUUAUGUUGUAUUAUAAUGUCACAAACAACCCAAAAAGUACUGUCAGACAACUUCAAGAAAAAAAGUAGAAGAAAAGUGAACUACAUAUAAAAAAAAAAA